GAGAGAGAGAGAGAGAGAGAGAGAGAGAGAGAGAAGGAAGGAAGUCCAGAGAGGGACGGAAGGAAGGAAGGAAGCAAGUAAGUAGGAGCUGUUGAUCCUCUGUCCUGUUUGCGGAGCCGACAUUGCGGAGGGAGGAAGGGAGGGAAGGGUGGGAAGAGAGGAGCGUUGGAGUUGCAGCGGGCGACGGUGCAUUUUUAUGUUAGUUUGAAGACGAGGAGGAGAAGGGAGGGAGGGAGGGGUGUGGAGGGAGCAUGUGACAACAAGCGCCAACGUCAAGCGCUUGCCCUCUGGCCCUUUCGAGCUUGCGUGCUCGCCCUCCGUUGUCCGCCUGCUGCUGCUGCUGCUGCACCCGCAUGCCGGUCAGCCGAGGUUCUCCCACUUCUUCUGGGCUCCAAACUCGAGAGGAGCUAGAGCGGACGAGAAGAGAACGUAGUAGAAAGUUGCGACGGUUUGCUAGCUCUGCUGCACGAGUACGCAACCAGCGUCAGCACCAGCACCAGCAACAGCUCGAGGAACGACAAUAACACCAACGAAUAAAGCCCAUCCUCCUUGAGGGUCGGUCUGGGUUGGUCUCGAGAUCGCCCGGAACUGGAUCCUGUCUGCGCGCUCGAGAGCACCAUCUUUCUGCGAUCUCCAGGCUUGUUCGAUGGUUACAGGUGUUCCCCGUCGGUGUGUCGAGUAGAGAGCGUGCAGCAGAGGUGGAGGGGAAUCCAGGCGGCGUUGGCAGCAGUGGAUAUCGCAGGGUCGGGGAAUGGGGCAUGAUGCGCUAGUAGUUGAAAGGUUUUGAGGAAACGACAAUGAGCUCCAUUUUCUGGGCUGUGAGGGCAGCGCACUGCAACAGGUGAAUGGGACGGGUACGAUGGACAGAAAGGCGUUAGAGAUAAGUCCCGCAUUGCUGGAACUAUAUGCAGUAGUUUCGAGACCAGUGCCUUGCAUUGCAGUGGCUGACACCGACAGUGACAGUCACAGGCGGGGACUUGGUAGAAGUGCUGAGUGCUUCAGAGGUUUAGAAGGACUGACAGGAGCAAAGGGAGACUCUGCCUUUUUUUUCCUCUACCAAUACGAACGUGGAAAUUGCAACGAUUCGACAGUGUUACCUCUGUAGCGGUUGGCUGGUCAAUGAGGGAAAGGUGGAAGUUGCUGGCGCUCGGGACGAGCGUGGAGUGUCAGCGGGAUCAAUGUCGGUUGUAGAUGAGUGUUUGAGGUCCCAUUUCUACCCCUUUGUUCAAGUCAAGGCCGAUAUUGUUCCAUAUAGACCGAGCAAUCGGCGCAACCAAAAAUGUUAGUCCAGGUUGCAGAAUGUACAUUACAUUGGGAACAGAUUCUGGUAUUAAUGGUAAAGUUUUGAAAUGAAGAAAAGCGAACGGUGGCUUCUCAAUUGCAUGGAUCUCCGUACAGGAGGUCUCCUUUGUUCCGGUUUGGUAGUGGUAUUGGCCCUCCUCUGCUGCCUCAGUGGAGUUGAAGGGCAGGACACUCCUGCUUUCAUAUUUUCGGAGAGACCUCCUAAUGUAACUUCCAAUACGACAGCUACUUUCAGGUUUGCCCUCGUGGCCCCAAACGGCAGCAAUCCUUGUGGAGCAGACUGUGCUGUGCAAUGCGAGCUGGAUGAUGCUCCGUUCGUCGAUUGCGCGGACCGUGUCCGCGUUUAUUCCAACCUCUCCGAUGGGGACCAUGUAUUUACCAUAUUUGCGAGCACCUCGAAGGGAGUUUUCUACACUAACAAGCAGUUUUGGACAGUCGAUACCGUACCCCCGACGGCUUCCAUCGAGGCUGGCCCGGCUUUCACGAAUGCCAUCAACGUUUCUGUGGCCAUCGAGUUCAGCGAGCCUUGCACCGGAAAUGGUGGCUUUCAGUGUAGCGAUGUAUCGAAUUGUUCGGUUUACGUUGGGGGGCCAGGGGCUGUACUACCUUCCACCUUGAGAACCCUUAAUCCUGGACUCCUCUACACCCUCACAGUAGCACUGUCCAGUGAACAGAUUUCUGGGAAAGUGCUUGUUACAAUGCAGCGAGACUUUUGUACUGAUGUCGCGGGCAACGUGUUUCAGAGAAACGAGAAUUCCAGCUUCACUAUCCGAUUUGACCGGUCGAUUCCUACUGUCAACAUGUGGACACCCAUCCAAGAUGCGCAAGUGCAGAUUAAUAAUGAGUACAGGACUAUUUCAUCAACCAACAGAUCUGAAGAUCUUAUUGUCUAUCUUGACUUUUCUGAAUCUAUGGUUACCACUACUGCGCAGCUGCUGAAUUUACUUCAAACUACAGACGGUGUUCUAAGCUCUACUAAUCGCAAAAGUCGCGGAAAUAGACGAUUUGGUUUUCUGAUUAGUAACGUCUCCAGUGUAUCGAUUAUUACCGUAACUCUCCCUGCGAACUCCUCGUUCAGCAGAUUUGGUUCACCGGUGGUGUCGACGGUGAACGUCACAUUCUUAUAUGACAGUCUGCGUCCCGAGGUGACAGUCAGCACAACUUCCCUCGCGAAAACCAAGAACCAGCUCGUUCCUGUCUUGAUACAAUUUUCCAAACCCGUGUUUGUCUUCGGCUUAACCAAUGUCACAAUAUCUGGCGGCAAUUUGACGAGAUUUGAUGAGGUCUCUAAAAGUACGUACGCUUUGGAGGUUUAUAUCGACAACGACGACGUUGUCUCAGUCAGCGUGGGCGAGAAUGUCACUUACGAUAUUUCUGUGAACCCAAAUCUGCCAUCCAACGUUCUGCGUGUGAGGCACUACACGGUUCCGGCCGCCGCCGUUGCUCUUUCUUCCUUCACCACCGCUGGUCUCAUCGCUACGAUUUUGGUCUCUGGAGCCCUUUCCAUAUCUCAAGCAACUCUCGCUGCAGCAGGCGCUCUGACCAGUCGAUCCACGGGGUACGUCGGUGCCGACGCAUCAAGAAAUCUCUUGGGUAUGGCAACUCAUCUUCAAGUGUUUGCUCUUUCUGACUGGCUAGCAGUAAGCUUGCCGGUCGAAUACAGAGAAACGACGAGGGGCCUGAGGUGGCUCAUACCUCAUGUGAAUCCACCUUGGCAAAGCCAGCACAAUUAUACGUCAGUGAGAAACCCGCUGUUCGAGCGUCAACUUCAGCCACAAACUCCAAUGAUGCGGGCGAGCGUCAGAGCAAGACGUACAUUGCUGUCCGAUGGGGAAUUUGUCCGGUUGCAAGCAGAGUAUGAAAGUGCCAAAAUAGUCGAGAAUUCGUUGCUUGGAGGGAACGCCCGAUUCCAUACCACCGAACUGUCGGAGUGCUUGGGCUCCCGGUUCCCAUCACAUUGUAGGAAAAAAACGGUCCCCGGCCACCUCCGAGGUGGGCAGAUUUCCCCCUCCUUUUGGAACGAGACGAGGGCUGUCGCCAGUUGCAUUGACCGUAGUCGCAGCGGAAGAAGACGCCUCGGCACCAACAUGACUCUUUUCGGGCCUGCUCUUACGCCCAGCGAGUAUUCUCUGUAUUUCGAGAGUGGAGUGUCAAACAACGAAUUGGAUGCCAUCUUCAAUGAGACGAAGUACACAGGGUGGCGGGACUUCGCAAGGAACAUGUUUUGGCUGGGCGCUGUAGGAGGCGGUCUCAUACUCUUGCACGUACUCCUGCUGCUGUUUCUGAGAUGGAGGACGAAGACCUCCGUCAGGGGAGCGCUGACAGUUCCCAGAUUCGAACUCUUCCUACUGGUUCUGGCAAUUCCUUGCAUGUGUCAAGCUUCGGCCUUCAUCAUCCGAGGUGGCACGAUUCUGGGGAUCAUUAUCGGGGUGUUGCUGUUGGCAAUACCCGCAGCCUAUCUUCUGUCCAUCGUCCUCUUUCUCAUUAUAGCAGUUUUCAUGGGAUCACUUGUGCAAUAUAAGGAGGUGGUGAGACCGAGAGGCGAGGACGAGGCUCGUUCGUGGCGGAGCAAGCUGGUGGAGCUUGUGGCUGGCCCGAACGUGAUAUUCAAAUGGGUUCGCAAGGAUGGCCUGGCGCCCACAUUUGUACCGAGGUAUGGAAUUUUUUUCGAGGAUCGCAAGGGGCCGCCGAAGUUGAUCGUCCUGGACGGAGACCAGAGCGGAAGCUUUCCCAAGUGGGUCGAGAGCGGAAGUAACGGAAUCGGGCGCAUGAGAGCCGUGAACUCGGACGACGAAAGCGAAGAAGUCGCGGUGUCCUGGUACAAGAAGUUGCUCGGAGGAGCGCAAGCGUCCUACUUCAUCGUCGACAUUGCGAGACGGAUCACGCUCGGCGUGAUCUUCGGCGCAUUCGCGCGAUCGGACGAGUCGUGGGUCCAAGUGUCCAUCGCGCUGGGCGUCACCGUGUUCCAGCUGGUCUACCUCGUCACGCUGAAGCCCUUCAUCAAACGGGGCGUGCAGGUCGUCGAGAGCAUCUCGCUGCUGUGCGAGACGGGCCUGUUCGCCACCGCCGUCGCCCUGCUCGCCCUGGGUCAUCCUGCCGAUGACUACCUGGGCCUGGGCAUAUUUUUGCUGGCCCUGCUGCUGCUCAGCUUCGUCGCACAACUAGUGAACGAAUGGUACGCGCUGAUGAAGCAACUGCUGCGCCUCUCGCCGUCGCAGGAGCCAUCUCUCAAGCUCGGCCUCAAGCUGCUCGGCCGUGGCCUCGUCAUCCCCUUCAUCCCGCGCAAGCACUGGUCGCGCUUCAUCAGCCCGCAGCCGCCGCAGCCUCGCACAGGCCUCGUCCCGGUCGUGCCCAUGAGCCCGGAACCGGAUCUGGAGCGAGCACGGCGGAGCACGUCGGUGCAGCAAGGGAGCCCGCUCAUUGCCACCGGCCCGGAGCCGGCGAUCCCCGGUUACGAUCCCGGGUCGCCGGCGUUCGUGGACCCGCGGAACGCCGCGACCGAGCAGGCCGUGACGAGCGGGGAGAUCAAAGCAGACAUGGCCAUGGCGCGGCAGGACAAGCCGGCCUGGAGCAGCCAGUGGAACCGGUCGCGGUCCAUGGAGGGCAAGCGGUCGACCCGCGGCGUGAAGGCCGACCCGAAGUCGAGCGAGCUCAAAAUGCUGCGGGAGCUCGCCAAGGCCAGCUUCCCGCGCUGGAGGAAGCAAGAGGAGGCCACCACCGCCGACCCCGGGCUGGAAAUCUCGUCGCCCGUGCCCAGCAACCUGGGCCAAGGCGGCGGCGCGUCGCGGCGCAAGCACAGCUCCAGCGCGCCGUCGCGCGUCGGCGCGGCCGAGGAGCACGGCUACACGGACGACUCGCUGUCUGACAACUCGUCGGACGACGAAGGCUACGGGCGCCCGCAAAUGGUCGGCGAAUCGUCGCUGGACGUGACGGCCGCUCCCGUGGUCAUCACGCCGCACUCCUCCAGCAGCUUUGAGAAAGGCUCCAAGGGCUCGGGCCCCCUUGAGCAUUCUGGGUCGCUUCCCCUGCGAGAAGUCGUGACCGCAUCGCGGACUCCUGAAGAGCGGUAACGAGAACGAGAGAUCGAGAGCGUAGAGUUGGGAAGCCCCCAUUUAACAUCAUUUUUUCCUCAAUUGUUAGAAGUCGGGACCAUUCUUUUGUUGUCUCAUCAGAAUGCCUGCCAUAUUCACUCUUUGAACAUCAGCCAACGCCCCCUCCCCCCGGACCGACCGACGACGUCCUCCUACCCUUCUAACCAUCGCACCGACCGACCGAUCAGCCACAUGUCUAUUCAUUAUUUGAAUCCAAUAAAGCCAAUUGAACCCACGGACACUCUUGUGUAGCAUACAACCACAUUUCGGAAGUCUUGUAAAGCUCUCCCGAAUAUCGUCGGUCUAAAUGUUAUGCCACGAAGCUAGUUGCAAAUCUUCCGCAGGUUUGAGGGACUGGUGUGAGUGGUUCUUCUAAUGGUUUGGAAUUGUACAGGGUCCCUCUUUGCCUCCUGCUACAGCUGUGUCGUUCCCAUUUCGCUCAUCAGUUUCCCGAAUGUUUCGGAAGUCUUGCUUCUUCUGACCCCCUGAGCGCGAGGCUGUAAGCCACACUCCAGUCGAUGACGGUCUGACAACACACCUGUUCGAAGCAGCCGCCAGAGGCCGUUCAGGUUUUUGUCGUUGUUCUUGCCAAUCAAGGCGGUGCAAGACUCAUUUUAGGACAUCGAGAUUCAUGCGACAUUCAAUGCCUCCUCUCUCGAGCUGCUCUCACGGCUUUGCUUGCUGAAGACUUGAAAUGGGUAUGGUCGUGAGACGCUGCAUGAGCCAUCAAAGUCUUGGAGCCGAAAUACCAAAGCUCCAUUCCCACUUUGGUGAUAGUUGUACUCCGUCAUCCACUUAAGACCCUCUGUUACGUCUCGGAUUCACACCGCAGUACACAUCAUGAGAAUUUUGAUCAUCUGCUAGGGCCUUUUCAAUCCGAUGUCGACCCUGGCAGUGUGUGAAGAGGCAGAGAUGUAUCUGAUUGGAUGGAAGGAAUGUAAGG